AUGGAACGAAUUGAAGCUGCGAUCGCAAACGCUAUAAAAUAUCGACCGUUGAAUGCCCUGAUCACGGAGACGUUUGAUUUGGCUCGGAAACAAGCUCAGAACGCGAUCAGCCAGGGCAUAAAACCGUUCCCGGUCGUCAUCAAGGACUGUUUUACUGUUGAAGGCGUUCCGACGACAUGUGCCUCCAAGAUGCUCGAGGGUUUUAUGCCGCAAUAUUCGGCUACAGCCGCUCAGAGGUUGAUCGAUUCAGGCGGCUGCCUUAUCGGGAAAGGUAAUAUGGACGAAUUUUCGAUGGGUACUUCAUCUUCACUUGGUCAUUUUGGGCCGGUAAAGAAUGGAUUGUCGAAGGUCGAAUCGAUUGACGAGGAUUGGAUUGUUCCGGGUGGAUCUUCGGGUGGGCCCGGUGUGGCUGUACAAAUGGGGAUGGCUGAUUGUGCUUUGGGCUCGGAUACCGGUGGUUCGGUGCGCAACCCGGCAGCUUUCACCGGAACCUUUGGCUUCAAGCCGACCUAUGGACGGAUAUCCCGCAGCGGUCUCAUCCCGUUGGUAAAUUCACUCGAAGCCCCUGCGAUUUUUGCUCAAAGUGCAUCGGAUUGCGGAAAGUAUUUUGAUGUAAUAAAUCGUGGUGAAUAUUUCGAGCGAGCCCUGAAAGUACGUCGACUAAUAGCGAAUGAAAUCUACAAGGUUUUUGAUGAGGUGGAUCUGCUGCUCACCCCGGUUGCACAAGGAGCGCCACCCCUCUUCUCCCACCUACACGCCGGCAACUUUUCCCGCGAGAGCACCGAUGAUUUCUAUACACAAUCUGUUAAUAUGGCUGGCGUUCCGGCGAUCAGCAUCCCGCUGGGCGAAGCUGAGGGACUGCCGUUGGCUAUCCAGCUCAUAGCGAACAGGAAGGAAGACGAAAUGUUGUUGCAAGCAGCACAAGUCCUUUAUCAAGCUCGG